UGUGGUUCUUUCUAGGCAGAAUUCGCUUGCCAUUUUCAUGCAAAAAGUAACGUUCCUUUUGGCGAUACAACUAUACAAGACUAGCGACACGCGAAAUGGCAUGCAUUGGCCCAAUGUAUCAGACGUUGUUGCUGUACUUGGUUCUUCACGUGCCGCUACAUCUGUGUUCCAGCUGAAAGCAAUGCUGUUUGUACUAGGAGAGCUACGUGACAGGACCGUGAUCAUCUUUGGCACCCGUGACUCCCUGCCAUGUUAUUAUAUAUAAAGAAGGGAAGCCAUGUGCAGGCAGGGAGCAGUCCAACCUCCAACGUCGCCAUGCUGCGCGGUUCGAUAGAAACAAAUGCAUCAACGGGUCGGUUGCUUAAUUUAUACACCCGCGACUUCGAACAGCGUGACAGCGUGACGGAGGCGACUCUGGUGUUUUGCAUCUUCACUCGAGACUCGAGUUCACCACUACCUCUUCCCUCGCAGAAGCAUCUCCAACUCCAAGCAUCAAAUCUCUCUCUAAGCAUCAAAUCUCUCUCUCUCUCUCUCUCUCUCUCUCUCUCUCUCUCUCUCUCUCUCUCUCUCUCUCUCUCUCUCUCUCUCUCUCUGAGGAAUCGGAGGUAGGAAGAGCCAUGAGCAACGAAUUUGAUUACCUGUUCAAGCUUCUCUUGAUCGGUGACUCGUCGGUCGGCAAGUCCUGCUUCCUCCUCCGUUUCGCUGACGAUUCCUAUGUCGACAGCUACAUCAGCACGAUUGGUGUUGACUUUAAAAUUCGCACUAUCGAGAUGGAUGGGAAGACUAUAAAGUUGCAGAUUUGGGACACGGCCGGACAGGAGCGAUUCAGAACAAUCACGAGCAGCUACUACCGAGGAGCUCAUGGGAUAAUUAUCGUCUACGACAUUACGGACAUGGAGAGCUUCAACAACGUCAAGCAGUGGGUGAGCGAGAUCGACAGAUACGCCAACGACAGCGUAUGCAAGCUUCUCGUUGGCAACAAGUGCGACCUCUCUGAGAGCAGGGCUGUCGAAAGUGCAGUAGCCCAGGCUUAUGCUGACGAGAUAGGCAUUCUGUUCCUUGAAACAAGUGCGAAAGAAUCGAUCAACGUUGAGGAGGCCUUCUUGGCAAUGUCUGCAGCGAUCAAGAAAAGCAAAGCUGGGAGUCAGGCAGCUCUGGAUAGGAAGGCCUCAAAUCUAGUUCAGAUGAAAGGCCAGCCAAUUCAGCAGCAGCAGAAGAGCAGAUGCUGUUCGACAUGAAGGCACGGCUUUGUCUUGGUGCCUUUCAGGAAUCAAGAAGAUGGUGUAUCUGCUAAGCUCUGCCUUUUCUUAUUGUUGAACACUUAAGUUGCAGAAGUGUAUUAGCAAGAAAACUGAGGUUUAUAUGGAUCUUUCGGUGUUGGAACAUC